CAUGCGCAGUGGGUGCAGUUUUGUUUGAAGUGAACUGCUGCAGUUCGCUUGCGGAUGGAACUGCCCAUUAGAAACCAUACUAGCUAGCUAAAUGUAUUAUCUCAAAUCUAUGUUUUCUUGUCUCGAUGCAUCGGUGUAACAAUGUUAGGUCAUAAUCAUUACCCAAACGUAGAAAAGUCACAACUGGUGAACUAUGUGGAGGAUUAUUUGGAAUGUGUUGAGUCCCUGCCUUUGGAUAUACAAAGAAAUGUCUCUCUGCUACGAGAAAUUGACUCAAAGUAUCAAGAGGUCCUGAAGGAGGUUGAUGAUGUCUACAAGCGCUACCAGGGCGAGCGGGACGCGGCACAGCGUAAGAGGCUGCAGAUCCAGCUGCAGCGGGCCCUCAUCAGCAGCCAGGAGCUGGGCGACGAGAAGAUCCAUGUGGUCACCCAGAUGACUGAGCUGGUAGAGAACCGUUCCCGCCAGAUGGACUCCCACUCCCUCUGCCUCCAGGAGCCCAGCGAGGCCAGCGAGCGGGAGCGGGUCGUCACCGAGCGGCGCUCCGGUUCCGUCCAGGAGGCGGUGGUGUCCACGCCUGCCGAGCGCUCCUCUGCCCGCCGGCCGAGACGCCAGCGCAACAGCGAGAGCCGCGACUCCAACCAUGCCUCAGGGAAUGGAACGGUGAUGGAUGACCCAGCGGACGAGCUUCCUGUGCAGCCACGGGAGAAGAGGUCCAAGUCUGCCAAGAAGAAGAAGCGCAAGGCCAAGCAGGAGCGCGACGCCUCGCCUGUGGAGUUCACCAUCGACCCCAACGAGCCCACCUACUGCCUAUGCGUGCAGGUGUCCUACGGCGAGAUGAUUGGCUGUGACAACGAUGCGUGCCCCAUCGAGUGGUUCCACUUCUCCUGCGUGGGGCUCACCUACAAGCCCAAGGGUAAGUGGUUCUGUCCCAAGUGCAGAGGGGACAAUGAAAAGACUAUGGACAAAAGCCUGGACAAGAACAAAAAGGACCGGAGGUCCAGGUAGUAGUGACAAGUCGUCUCUUUCCUCUCGGGAACAUUGCCGAACUGAGGGUUGAGUUUGUCAAAGUGAGUCAUUCAAGGUAUUUCAAAAUGUUGUGAAGUUUUGAGAGCUCAAUCGGAACACUAUUUCCAGCAGCGCCUACUCUGAGUAAAGGAUUUGACCAAUACUGAACAGGUGCUGUUAAAAUACUGGCGACCCACCCUGAAGCCUAAAGGUUAUUCUGGGAAACCAGAUGUUUACUUUAAGAAGCCUAAAGCUGCCAUCUUCUGGUUCUAUCGUGUGUUACUCAACACUUGGCAAAACAGAAUUAAAGUAACUCAAAAAGCAUAUUUUGGCUUACUAGCCAUUUUGACUUGAUGUAAUGUACCUGAAUGAUGUCCUCUUUUUGUGAAAAUGAAUGCAUUAUGUUCUUCCCCAUGUUCUUUCAGUUGAGUAAGUUUAAUUUCUUAUGUGGUAUAAAAAUAAAUCUGUUCCAAAUCAACAAGUCUCGAUUUAUUGAUUUGGUCACUACCAGAUGGGGCUAAAUGGUUCAUUGUGCUAUGUUUUUGUAUGGCAGACGGAGGGGUAGAUUGCUCUGUUACUGCCUUAUGUGAGGUGCUUACCUGAGUUGGGAUUUGACACUGUCACAUUUAAGGUGAUAUUAUUUAUUUCCCAACUGUCAUUUAAAUUGACCAUCCUCCGGUGCAGUGCUUAGAUUUACUAUAUAGAGAUGAUAAUCUGGGGCACGGUCUGGAAUGGUCUUUCAUGUUUGUGAAGACAUUCUACAUAUUAUUUGUCAAACUAGUGUA